AUGGAAUCCUUUGAUUACUUGGAGUAUAUAGACUGUACUCCUUUAUACGAUGAUAUAGAAUGGGAUCCAGUACUUGCAGCUUUGCAAGCUGGUCCCAGUAAUCAUCAUCAAGCUCAAGAACAGGAUAUACCUGUUUCUGCAAAGCUGCCAGAAAUGGAGCUUGUUCGAAAUGUUCCCGACAGCGAGAUCGCUGAAGCUCUGGCUGUUUUGUCAGAGCUUCCCAAGCAUCUGCAUGGCGCCAGAGAAAGGCUGCCCGCUCCGGAAAUGGACCAUGUACCGGAAGCCAUGCCUGUAGAUCAUCAAAUUCGGCCAUUGUAUCCAAUUUCAAAUGAGGAUUACAAUACUGCUGAGAUUCUUCUGAUGCUAGAAGACUCAAGCCUAUUAGAAUCAGAUGAAGCUCUGAGGCUAGAAGAUAAACUGAAGGCAGAACCAGAACCAGAAGCUCCGAACCCUAGAAAGCGACGUGGCCGACCACCAAAGGUUACACCCAAACCUGAAAGCAAUCAAUUACGGGACAGAGAAGAUGGUCCUAGCACACAAAAUGAAUUACCAGAAGGAUGGGUGAUGAAGUGUAGAACCCGUCGAGGUGGCAAGAGUAUUGGUCAAGUUGACAAGGUGAUUUCGGGGUUCUUCCAGAGCGCAGCAGCGGCAGUGUCGUCUCGAGGUGUUGUGAAUAUGUCUUUAUAG